UUGCAAGAAUUUCCAUGGUAAAAGAAGACAAAGCAAGAACAAUUGAGGAUCUUUUAAUCCGUAUGGCACAAACAGGGCAAUUACUCGGAAAAGUGGGUGAAUCACAAUUGAUAGAUCUUUUAGAACAGAUUAAUCAACAAAAAAAGCCAGAGACAAAAAUAGUUUAUAAUCGGCGUAAUGACUAUGAUUCUGACGAGGAAGACUAUAAUGUAUAG